AUGAACAAGCGAUUGUUUGUUGGAACCUGGGUGGCCCUUCUGGUGAUCACUGCGCGGCAGCGAGCUCACGCCAUGGCGAGCCUGUAUCCAUUCUGGCAGAACGACACGAAAACGCCCAAAGUUGAUGAUGGAAGCUCUCCCGAGAUUAAGAUCUCUGUCCCAUUCAUCUUUUUUGGAGCCCCGUACAGAAGCGUUUAUGUGAACAACAACGGUGUGAUUUCCUUCAAUGCGCUCGUCAGCCAGUUCACACCAGAAGCCUUCCCCCUGACGGACGGCCGGGCCUUCGUCGCGCCGUUCUGGGCGGACGUGCACAACGGCAUCCGGGGAGAAAUCUACUACAGGGAGAGCACGGACCCCGAGCUGCUGAGGAGAGCCUCCAAAGACAUCCGCAAGCACUUCAAAGACAUGUCCUCUUUCUCCGCCGUCUGGAUCUUCAUUGUCACCUGGGAGGAAGUCACUUUCUACGGAGGAAGCAGCACGACUCCGGUAAACACUUUCCAAGCGGUCUUGAUCACAGACGGAGUGUCAUCUUUUGCCCUAUUUAACUACCACGAAAUCAGCUGGACCACGGGGACAGCCAGCGGAGGGGACCCCCUGACGGGUCUCGGCGGGGUGAUGGCCCAGGCUGGCUUCAAUGGUGGAAAUAUCACCAACUUCUUCAGCAUCCCGGGCUCCAGAACCCCGGACAUAGUCAAUAUCGAAGAAACGACCAACGUUAACGUCCCCGGGCGCUGGGCUUUCAAAAUAGAUGGCAGAGAGAUAGAUCCGGCCAAUGGCUGCAGCCUGAGAGGACAGUUUCUCCGUCAAGGGGAGAUCUUCUGGGACAACGCCAACUGCACCACCAAGUGCCGCUGCCUGGACUUCAACAACGAGAUUUUCUGCCAGGAGAUGGCUUGCGGCCCCUUUGAAGCAUGCGAGCCAAAGACCAAGUUCUUCCAGUGCGUGCCGGUGGAGAGCAGCACCUGCGUGGUGUUCGGAGAUCCACAUUACCACACCUUCGAUGGCUUCCUCUUUCACUUCCAGGGUUCCUGCUCCUACCUCCUCGCCAGGCAGUGCUGGCCAGGCUCCCAGCUGCCCUACUUCAACGUGGAGGCCAAGAACGAGAACCGAGGCGGCUCCUCCGUCUCCUGGCUGAGGGAUGUUUUUGUGGAGGUCUACUCGCACAAGAUCGUCCUCCCCAAGGGCAGCUUUGGGAAAGCGAAGGUGGAUGACUUGAUGGUGUCUCUACCCAUCUCUCUGGAACUGGGCGCAAUAAAAGUCUACCAGAGCGGCUUGUCCACAGCUGUGGAGACCGACUUUGGCCUGCUGGUGACCUACGACGGACAACACUACGCCUCCAUCUCGGUGCCGGGCACGUACAUCAACACCACGUGCGGUCUGUGCGGGAAUUACAAUAAGGACCCCGAGGACGACACCCUCCGCUCGGACGGGAGGCUGGCCACGUCCGUCCCGGACCUGGGCGAGAGCUGGCGAGUGCCGCACCCCGAGCGGAAAUGCUCACCUGGCUGCUUGGACAACUGCAGCCUCUGCGACGCCGCCACCGAGUCUCUCUAUUUCACCUCCGAAUACUGCGGCUUCAUCAACAAGAGCGUGUGCCAAGCCAUCCAGGCAUACGCCGCGGUGUGCCAGGCCCUGGGCAUCUCGGUGGGAGAGUGGCGCGCCCAGACGGGAUGCGGGAUGGCUGUGCGGUGCCCGGAGCUCAGCCACUACUCGGUGUGCGCCAGCCUGUGCGUCCCCGUCCAGAAGUGCGGCUGCGAUGUGGACGGCCGGUAUUAUGCCAUCGGGGAGUCUUUCUGGGCGGCGGCGGACUGCACGGUGGAGUGCCAGUGCGAGGACGGCGGGGAGGCGAGGUGCUUUAACACCACCUGCCCCGAAGGAGAGGUCUGCGCCAUUGAGCACGGCUACCGGGGCUGCUACCCCAAGCGGGAGAGCCUGUGUUUGGUGGGGCAGAACCAGGUGCUGCAGACGUUUGAUGGCGUUGCCUUCCCUUAUCCACUGGAGCACUCCUAUACGCUGCUCAAAACCUGCCCGGAGAGACCGGACUUCAUCGAGGUGGACAUCAGCCAGAAGAAGCCCGGAGCCGCUCCCAACGGGCCACGUGUUGUGCGGAUCCAGGCAGUCGGCCAAGAGGUGAAGAUCGGAGGCACCGGCCUGUCGGAGAUCAAGGUGAACGGUUACGAUGUGGAGCUGCCCUAUUUCCACCCUUCUGGCCGCCUGGAAAUCUACCGUAGCGACAACAGCACCGUGAUGGAGUCGGAGGGGCUCCUGACUAUCGGCUACUACGAUUCGGGCCUCCUGGAGAUCCGCCUCUCCACCGCCUACUUCAACUGCACCGGGGGCCUGUGCGGCUUCUUCAACGGCAAUGCCAGCGAUGAGUUCUGCCCGCCCAAGGGCAAGUGCACGGACAACCUGGAGCUCUUCCUAGAGAGCUGGACCACGUUCGACGAGAUCUGCAACGGGGAGUGUGGGGACCUCCUCAAGGCUUGCAACAACGACUCGGAGUUGCUCAAGUCCUACAGGAGCCGCUCCAACUGCGGCAUCAUCAACGACCCCACCAACAGCUCCUUCCUGGAGUGCCACAGUGUGGUCAACGUUUCGGCCUACUACAGGACGUGCCUCUUCCGCUUGUGCCAGAGCGGGGGCAACCGGUCGGAGCUGUGCGACUCGGUGGCGCGCUACGCCAGCGCCUGCAAGAACGCCGAGGUGGACGUCGGCCAGUGGAGGAGCCACAGUUUUUGCCGUGAGUCCGCCCAAGCUUUUAAGUUCCUGGGAUGGGCGGCAGAGGACGUAGACCCCGCUGCCUUCAGGCAGUGUCUUUUUGUCUCGAGUUGGUGGCUGUACAGAGGUAGAGCAGCUUUUCUGUCAGGAUGCCGAAAAUGCGACGAGGCCUUCGCCCUCCGCGGCACACGCUGCAUUCCCCGCGGCGAGUGCGGCUGCAACUUCGAGGGGCGCCAGCUGGCCACCAACCAGACCUUUUGGAUGGACAUCGCCUGCCACUUCCUCUGCUACUGCAACGGCUCCGACAACAGCGUGUACUGCGAGAAUGUUUCCUGCAAGGACGAUGAGUACUGCCUGGAGGAGAACGGCCUCUACUACUGCCACGUCCGCACCGACGCCUCCUGCAUCGUCUCUGGCUACGGACACUACCUGACUUUUGACGGCUACACCUUUGACUUUCAGAGCAGCUGCGCGUUGGUCCUGUGCACCACGAUCGCCCGGCCGAGGGCGGAGCGCUCGGACACUUUCCCGGCGUUCACCGUCACGGCCAAGAAUGAGGAUCGGGACACCUCUCUGGCCCUGUGGGUGAAACAAGUUGAAGUGGAGGUCUUUAAUUACCACAUCGUCAUCCACCGGGCCUACAAAUACACCGUGCUGAUCAAUGACGAGCGCCUCUACCUGCCCCUGAAGCUGGGUCAGGGCAAAGUGAACAUCUUUGCCUUUGGCUUUCACAUCGUGGUCGAGACCGACUUUGGGCUGAAGGUGGUGUAUGACUGGAAGACUUUCCUCUCUGUCACGGUCCCGCGCAGCUUCCAGAACCUGACCUACGGCCUCUGCGGCCGCUACAACGGCAAUCCCGAGGACGACCUGACGGCGGCGGGCGGCGUGCCGGCCGCCAGCGUCGUAGACUUCGUCCAGAGCUGGGCGAAGCGGGACGCGUUCUGCCGCGUGGGCUGCGGUGAGCGAUGCCCCGCCUGCGGGAAAGUGGAAGGCUUCUGGAAACCCCAGCAGCUCUGCAGCCUCAUCCCGAGCCAAAGCGGCGUCUUCGCCAAGUGCCACAGCCAGCUCAGCCCUGGCUUCUUCUACAAGAACUGCCUCUUUGACACCUGCGUCGACGGGGGAGCCAUGCAAACGGCCUGCAGCUGGCUGCAGAAUUACGCCAGCACGUGCCAAACGCAGGGCAUCGCCAUUAUCGGCUGGAGGAACUUCACCUCGUGCUCCGUCAGCUGUCCCCCCAACAGCCACUAUGAGAGCUGCGUGUCCCUGUGCCAGCCCCGAUGUGCCGCCAUCCGGCUGAAGAGCCCCCCCAGCCACUACUGCGUGGAGGGAUGCCAGUGCGACCCCGGGUACGUCCUCAACGGCAAGAGCUGCAUCCUUCCCCACAACUGCGGCUGCUACUCUGAUGGCAAAUACUACGAGCCCAAGCAGCUCUUCUGGAACGGGGACUGGACCCGCCGGUGCCGCUGCUUCCGACGCAACCUCAUCCAGUGCGACCCGCGGCACUGCAAAUCGGACGAGGAGUGCGCCCUGCGCAACGGCGUCCGCGGCUGCUUCAGCACCAGGAGCUCCUUCUGCCUCGCGGCGGGCGGCGGCGUCUUCCGCACCUUCGACGGGGCCUUCCUCCGCUUCCCCGCCAACUGCGCCUUCGUCCUCUCCACCAUCUGCCAGAAGCUGCCCGACUUCUCCUUCCAGCUCAUCAUCAACUUUGACAAGUGGUCCUCGCCCAACCUCACCGUCAUCUCCCCCGUGUAUUUCUACAUCAACGAGGAGCAGAUCCUCAUCAGUGACAGGAACACCGUCAAGGUAAGGCCGCAGCAGGGACACGGAGAUAUAAAUCUUCAUCUAGACGGUACCCAGGCCCUGCAGAUUGUGGGGAUGGGAUUUCUCAAGUUCAGAAUAAGAGCUUCCAUAGCUAAUGCCCUUGGCUGAGGGAUGUGGCUGUCAUGUGCCGGGCUUUGGGGAGCGAUGCCGGCUGGGAUGCGAGGCACGGGAGGUCAGCCUCGUGUCCUCUCCCAGAGCUGGAAGACCAACGGCAUGCAGAAGAGCUGCAACGAGCUGCAGUACUCGCAGUACGCCGCCUCCUGCGACAAUGUCCAGAUCCAGGAGCUGCAGAGUGACAGCUACUGCCUGAAGCUGACGGACAUGAAAGGCUUCUUCCAGCCCUGCUACGGCCUCCUGGACCCCCUGCCCUUUUAUGAGUCCUGCUUUCUGGACGGCUGCUACAACCACCGGAAGGCCACCCACGACAUCAUUGACGCGGAGGUGACCUGCAAAGCCGCCCAAAUGGAGGUGUCCAUCUCAAAGUGCAAGCUGCUCCAGCUGGGCUUCGAGCGCGAGGGGGUGCGGGUCAACGACCGCCAGUGCCCCGGCAUCGAAGGGGAGGACUUCAUUUCCUUCCAGAUCAACAACACCAAGGGCAACUGCGGCAACCUGGUGCAGUCAAACAGCACGCACAUAGUGUACAAGAACACGGUGUGGAUCGAGAGCGCGAACAACACGGGCAACAUCAUCACCCGGGACCGAACCAUCAACGUGGAGUUUUCCUGCGCCUACGAGCUGGACAUCAAGAUCUCCCUGGAUUCGGUGGUGCGGCCGAUGCUCAGCGUGAUUAACCUGACGGUGCCGACGCAGGAAGGGAGCUUCACGACCAAGAUGGCCCUGUACAAGAACUCCUCCUACAAGCACCCCUACCGGCAGGGCGAGGUGGUGCUCACCACCCGGGACGUGCUCUACGUGGGGGUCUUUGUCGUCGGGGCCGAUUCCAACCACCUGAUCCUGAUGCUGAACAAGUGCUACGCCACCCCCUCGCGAGACAGCAACGACAAGCUGCGCUACUUCAUCAUCGAGGGAGGGUGCCAAAACAUGAAGGACAACACCAUCGGCAUAGAGGAGAACGGAGUGUCGUUGACGUGUCGUUUCCACGUCACGGUCUUCAAGUUCAUUGGGGAUUACGACGAAGUCCACCUCCACUGCGCCGUCUCCCUCUGCGAUUCGGAGAAAUACUCCUGCAAAAUAAACUGCCCCCAGCACACGAGGAUGGCCAGCGUGUUUGCGGAGGAGUCCAAGGAGCAGAUCCUCUCUGUGGGGCCUAUUAGGAGGAAGCGUAAGUGCGUGUGA